AUGUUGUCUCUACGUCAAUCCCUAUCGAAGUUGUUCACUCCAGCUGCCAGAGUUUUCUCUACCACCAAGGUAGCAGGUCAACAACAAGUUGUUAAGACUGCUCAAAACUUGGCUGAAGUUAACGGUCGUGAUUCAUUGAUCGGUCCUGGUGCUAAGGAAGGUGAAGUUCCAACUGAAUUGGAACAAGCUACCGGUUUGGCCAGAUUGGAAAUGUUGGGUAAAUUGGAAGGUAUCGAAGUUUUCGACACCAAGCCUUUGGACUCUUCCAGAAUUGGUACUAUGGAGAACCCAAUCAUCAUCGAAUCUUAUGAUGACUACCGUUACGUUGGUUGCACCGGUUCCCCAGCCGGUUCUCACCCAACCAUGUGGUUGAAGCCAACCAAGGACCAAGUCGCCAGAGAUUGGGAAACUGGUACUGUCUACAAGCUAAAGGUUGUGGGUGUUCCUCAAGAAGGUCACCACUAA